UACAAUAUGGUGCGCCCUGUAAUCACAACUGAUGGAAACAACUUUGCUGGUGCAAAGUGGUGCUGCUGAGUCGUAUUCCUUUUUAUUACGUUUCUCUUCCUCAAAAUAGCUCUUAGAACAUGCCGAACCAAAGUUAAGAUAUCCAAGCUCCGACACGACAAAUUUCGACCUGGAAUUCUCGUUAAUUCUUGACGUAAUUUGAGUGCAAAGGUAGGAGCGGUGGUGAUAACUUUUGGUUGUGGAUUUUGCGCCUGUGCGGUGAACCUUAACCUCAUCCAUUCACGUUACGUACGCACCACAGCUAGCCACAGCGCGUGGUUUUUCUGUGAACCCGUGGAACGUAAAAGAAUCCGCGCCAACACCGCAAAGAUGCAGGGCGCCAUUCACAACUCGACAAGCCGGCUAGUUACAUCACUGACCCAGCUCGUGCGACCAUCUCGGACAGCAAGGACCGCCGGCUUGAGGCCAUUUCUCUCGGCAAAGAUGAUGGCAGGAGAUACUGAGGGCGAUCAGCCCAGGAGGACCAAAGUGCUAACGAUGGAUACAAUGAAUCCACACAUUAAGUUGAUGGAGUAUGCGGUCAGAGGACCCAUCGUGGCAAGAGCGAACGAGUUGGAGAAGCAACUGGAGCAGGGAGCGUCCAAGCCUUUCAACGACAUUGUCAAGUGCAACAUUGGUGAUGCACAUGCAAUGGGACAGCGACCUUUGACCUUUCUUAGACAGGUGGUAGCCCUGUGCACCUAUCCCAAGCUCUUAGAGGAUCCCAGUUUCCCCGAAGAUGCCAAGAAUCGAGCCCGGAGAAUCCUCCACUCGUGUAAAGGAGGAAGUAUAGGUUCAUACAGUGAAAGUCCCGGCCUAGACGUCAUACGCGAAGACGCAGCGGACUACAUCCAGAGACGAGAUGGCGGUAUCCCUAGCAACCCUAAUGACAUUAUUCUGUCGGCUGGAGCAAGCGAAGGAAUCAGGUGUGUUCUGAAGCUGUUAGUAUCUGGUAAAGGGAAGGAGAGAAGUGGAGUUAUGAUUCCCAUACCGCAAUAUCCACUCUACUCUGCAACACUAGCUGAAAUAGAUGCUAUACAGAUCAAUUAUUACUUGGACGAGGCUAAUGCUUGGGGGCUGGACGUGGCUGAACUGCAGAGGUCGAUAGACAAAGCCAGGACACACUGCACACCACGAUGUAUUGUCGUUAUCAAUCCUGGAAACCCAACAGGUCAAGUAAUCAGCAGAAGUAACAUUGAAGACGUCAUCAAGUUUGCUCACAGAGAGGGCCUGGUCAUUGUAGCUGAUGAGGUCUACCAAGACAAUGUGUACGCUAAGGGGAGCCACUUCCAUUCCUUCAAGAAAGUCUUGACAGAGCUCGGAGACGAAUACUCCAACCAGGAGCUGAUGUCCUUCCAUUCCACGUCCAAGGGGUAUAUGGGAGAGUGUGGUCUGAGAGGAGGCUACUGUGAGAUCAUCAAUCUGGAUACGGAGGUGAAGACUCAGCUCUUCAAGCUCAUCUCGGCCAAACUCUGUCCCACCGUCUCUGGACAGGCUGUAAUGGACGUUGUCGUGAACCCACCAAAGGAAGGGGAACCAUCGUAUGAAACAUUCUCAGAGGAGAAGGCUCACGUGUUGUCCACUUUAGCAGAGAAGGCAAAGAUUGUCGCUGAGGCGUUCAACUCGGUGGAGGGUAUCAGCUGUAACCCUGUCAUGGGUGCGAUGUACUCCUUCCCAAGGAUAGACCUACCACAGAAUGCCGUCAAUAAAGCCAAGGAGGUAGGUAAGGCACCUGACGUCUUCUAUGCUGAACAUUUACUGGAAGAAGCCGGAAUCUGUGUCGUCCCUGGAUCGGGAUUCGGCCAGAGACCAGGCACCUACCAUUUCAGGAUGACCAUUUUGCCCUCCGUUGAGAAGUUCAAGGACGUGAUGGAACGAUUCAAGAAAUUCCAUUCCAGUUUCAUGGCUCGCUACAAAGACGAGGACUGAGACAAGUUUAACCCCUCCUUUACUGCCACCAUGAUAGUAUUUUUAACCAAUCUGUAUUGCCAAAGGUUGUACUCAAAGCGCGGUCCCCUAGUAAUAUAUACACUGUAUGCUAUUGAAUAAGCACCUUUACACCCUUUGAUCUGUAAAAUGUCAAUUUCAAGCAUAUUAAUAUUUUUCAACUCCGCUUUAAACUUCAUCGGAUUUUUUCGACGGAAGGUGUUUUUUUUUUUUUACAUUAUCUCACCCAUUUUAAAAGAAACACUCAUGUGAGUGUAUUUUCAGACACUUUGAAUUUUUCUGUGGUGUUUUUCACAAUGAGCUCAGAAGACAUUUCAUCUUUGGGUGAAUGGCAGAGGCAGUAUUUUGCCUCUGCGUUGGCCUAGUGGCACACCAAGUCAUGAGAUACCAGAACUGAAGUUUAGCGGUACUUCUUUUGGAACAUAUUUUUAAAAAUUGAAUGAAAUAGCCUUCUGCUUAGCAGGUGGGUUGCAAUUUUAGAAGUUUUAAACUGGAUUUUUGUUUUUAGCGUGGCCUUUUCUUUCCAAUUUUAAUUCAAAGAGACACGGAAUAUACUAAUGAACUACUGUCUCUUUUCAAUGCUCUUUCACUUUUUGGACUUGAAGAAUUUUUGUUUUGUUUUGUUUUGACGUUUGCUUUAAUUUGAAAAGAGGAGGAUAAUUCUCUUGUACUUGCCCCUUGUUAACCAAUACGUGAUUCUUAAAACAGUUUUGAUGGUGCCCCAGAUUUUAAAUUACAAUUUUUUAAUUGGGAUUGGAAAAUGUAGAGUUGUAGAACAGAUUUGCGUUUUCAAUAGACCUAAUGACGUAGUGGCUUUGUUUACAUUAUGCGCUUUCCUAUGGUAGCGAAGUCGGGACGCCAGACGAAGUAGGGACCGUCUACCACAUAGGAAAGUGCACAUGGAAACGAAGCGUGACGUCAUUAAGUCUCAGGCCUAUUGGACACAAAGAUGUAGUUCAGUGAGUAGGUGUGCUGCAAGAUUCAAAAGUGGACUGAGCAAUCUGUCAACAGGGGGCGCCCUUCAAGUUAAGCGUGACAAAAAGUAUGUGUAUGCAUUGGACACUGCCUGUAUGUUUUACAUGUGCAAACCCCAGUGACCAUCGUAAACACCCUUACAUACCGUGACCUGCAUGACCAAGCACCCAAAUAUGUUUUGUAACUUAGAAUUGUGUAUGCAUUUAUUGGCCAGUCUGAAGAUACUUCAUGUACUCUCUUCUGUGCAUUGAGAUCUGUGUCUCUAGAGCCGUGUAUAGAAUAGUUGCAACAUGACAGGUACCAGUUUGGGAUGAAAUUUUGUUGUCCCAGAAUGGGAAAAACAUCCUAUUAUGCAAAACUGGGGUUAUCUUGAUCGCAUUAUCAACAAUGGUUACAAAACUAGAGAAACUUGUGUAUUUUGCAAGUCCCUUAACGCUUUGACACUCAUGAACCGAGAUGGACACAAAAUGAAGUCCAAAUUGAUAUUUGUCACCCUUCUCGCUAUACAUGGCUGUGUAUUGACACUAUGGCUAAGUCCAAAUUACUUGGCUACAGCUGGAUAUUAGUACACAUGCGCCUAUUGAAGUGGCUGCAGCCACUUCCCAUAGACAGGUGCAUACUUCUAGCCGUAGCCAAGUCAUUCGGAUGCGGCCUAAGCAGUGGUGAUCAUUGUGUAUGAGUAGUUUGUCUUCCCCCUAUUUGCAUUGCAUGGUGCCCUGCUUACGUGGUAAACGUUACUAUGAACGUGUCAUUCAUUUAUGGGUAUCAGCCUAUUGUCGUUUUAUCAUCUUGCUUUUGUUUUCCUCUCUGAACAGUAUUCAAAGCAAUAGUGUGAAAUUAGAAGAAGAAAAAUGGUGCUGGAUAUUUGGACUGAUGGAACCAAAAACAAGGACAGUGUGUUGAAUUAUUUGUACAUUGCAUUCAUUAAGCUGUUUUGGAAGCCGGAGUAGAAAUUCAAGCCAUUUAUAAUAAUGAAAGAUUUUCAAAUCUUCAUAAAAAUUAUCUCGUGGAGACAUCGGUCGUAACAUACAUGGGGAGCAGACAAAGCUAGAAUUCUGAAAUAAAAUGUUGGUGUUUUUAUUUAGUGUCAGAUGCAAGGCCAUUCAUUUUUAUUUUGAAAUAAAAAUAAAAAUUGCUGCUAUUGAACUUGACUGGCAAUCACUGAUUUCUUUCUUUUCUUCUUUUUUUAAAUUUUAACUGCCGGAGUGAUUGUUGAUUUUGGUAUCUUGUUUUAUUCAAAUCAAGAGGUUUUCCCCUUUUUUUGGGGGGGGGGGAUUGGAUUAAUUUGUUUUUGUUUUUUAAUGAUGGGUGAUUUGCACUGAAUGAAAUGCACAAUGGACUUGUUCUUCCCUUUUAAGAACGUGUUUAGUUAAAAGGAAAUGUGUGUGUUGAAAAGUCAUCAAAAAAUAAAUAAACUCCUCUGUGAAGUAUCUUGCUUUACAGAACUAUUUUGCUUCCAAAUAUAUUUUCAAUGCAAUGAUUGAUUGACUGCAGUAUUUAUUAUAGAAAAAAACAUACUUAUCCGACAUAAUGAGAAAAAAAACGCACAAAUGAAAUUGUUGAUACUAUGUAAUUGACAAAUUCUAUUAGCUGAUGUAUCAUUUAUGUAAUAUAUACAAGUAUACAUAUUUUAUUGGCUGUUUAAAAUGUGUUAAUAAUAAACCCUUUGAAGUUUUAGAAAUUAA